CUACAGAUUCGUCUUCAAAGCUAUGGGAACCCGAGGAGUUAUCGGAGAUAAGUGGUCUAUGAGGAUUCUCUGGGCCUGCGCAAUCGGAAGUGCAAUCGGCCUUUAUAUGGUUGCUGUAGAAAGACAGCAGCAGAAUAGGGACCGAAUGUUGGCUGAAAGUUUGAAGGCCAUGGAAUCCGAAGGUGGUGGUGAGUAAGGCAUUGAAUGUUGGCAUAAAUUACCUCUAAACAACUUUUAAGGAGCUCCCCCAACAUUUUGGAUUGGAGGGAUAUUUUCUCAUGUGGUAAUAAACUUAUUGGAGAGAUGAACAAUGUUCUACAUAGAUGAUAAUCAUUCGCAGUUGCUGUACCGUUUCUCUUUUUUUCUUGGAGCUGUGUAGAAUUGUGAGAAAUUCCUGAAGAAUAGCAGCUUUUG